UUCUGUCCAUGCCGCGAAAAAUCGAACUGGGGCAGACUAGAGAGAUAGAUCAUUGCUAUGGCUGAGAAAUGCCCCAAGUCAAAACUAAAAAGAAAGAAAUUGUCUAUCGAGGAGCCCCGAACUGAUAUAUUUUUCAGGAACACGCUGAUAAAGAACAACGAAAGUUCCAAUGCUUCGAUUGAAAGCUUGAGUUCAACGAGACCUGUGGUCCCUACAGAGGCGUGGUGGUCCAGAGGUGACCUGGCUGCAAUUGAGAGCCUCUGGGCCCUGACUCUGAGUUCUGCUCUUCCCUGUCUGGAAGCUCACCCCUGGGACCCAGUCCCUGACCUUCCAACAGCCUCCACACUGAGCUCUACUGUAGACCAGCAGAGUGAAUGGAGAUGGUGUAGCCUCAGUGAGGACAUGACUCCCUUUCCCUCCUCUCCCUCUCCUCCUCCCAUGGCCCCACACUGUUCCACCACAGACUCUCCUCUCAAUCCUUCUCCUGGUCUGGAAAAUACUCUCCUCCCGGUCCCAGUACAGACUAGGCAGACAACAUCCACCAUCAGUGGCCCUCCUUUGAAGUCUGCUCCCUGUCAAGAGGGGCCCGGAGAGGGGACUAGUAGUAGUGGUGCUGGCCACCCCAGACCACCAAGUCUGGGAGCCAGAGUGCCUGCUAGCUACGGAAGGGAAAGCCCAUGGAGUGGAGGGGGGCAUAGCAUGGUGUCAUCCAGAAAGGACACAAAACGAGGGGAAGGAGGGCAAAACACGGGAGCGGCCAGACCCCACCCUACAGCCAGGCGACCAGGAGGAGAGAAGGAGAGUCACCCCUCUAUUCCUCAGCCCUCCAUCAUCAGAGCAGGGAACGGAGGAUCAUCAUUACCACCAGAAGCCAGAAAGGGUGGAGGAGGAGUAGGAGAGGAGGGAGAGAAGAGGGGGAUGAAGAGGCUGCAGCUACCUGCAAACCGGGGGGAAGCCUCUUCCUCUACCUCUGACAGCUGCACUGCUGCUCCCAUGGAGGAGGAGGAGGAGGGGGAGAAAAGGGAGGAGGGGGUGUCUAGGAAGGGCAGAGCUGAUGGGGAUGCUGGCAAAGGAGGAGGAGGAUGGGCAAUGCAGAGCUGCCCCAUGUGCCUGGUGCCGUUUCCAGCUGGGUUCACUCAGAUGGACUGUGACAGCCACCUGGCCAAGUGCCUGUCGGAGAUGACCGUCGACAUGACCUGGUGAUGGUCCACAGAGUCUUCUUCUGACACCAAUGAUGGAUGGAGGUCUGGAAGGACAGCCAGCUAGCUGCAGCACCACGUCUGGGUCGUGUUCACUAGGCACAAACCGGAAGAAAAUGGACCGAAUUGUGUUAUCGGAACUUGUCCAAUUAAAAACGCUAGUUUUUGCCAUCCGUCGCAAAUAGUUUUGCUACGGUGUGCUCUAAUGAGGAAUUAGUUUCACUCCACCCUGUUGUUUGGCUAGUUGGUCGCCUUGAUUCAAACUCCAGUGGUAUCUAUCUCCCUGUGAUGGACGGUGGGUGCAGACAACGGUAAAAUACAGUAUCUGAUUCUACUGAUCAUCUAGUCUUCAGUCAUGGGUUUAAUUUGUAGAAUCUUGUGUUACUGUUGGCUGGAGCAAAAACCCGCCUUUACCCUUUGUAAGAUUUCCAACCCUUGUUAGGGCCUCUUAUUGUCCCACCUCUGCCCCUUCCCACCAACCUAUCAUCAUGCACUACAAGGUUGGAAUCAUAGAGCUGGAUAGAGGGCACACCUGCCACAAAGCAUUUAGGAGGCGUGCCACUUCCCAUCGCUAUGGUUGGAAACAGUCGCUGAUGCGUCUCAUAUUCAUGUGACAUACUACUACUACUACUAUUGAUGUAAGUAGUAGCCAAGCAUCCAUAUAAAGCUUUGUAUACAUGUUAUAAUAAAUUGUAUGUAACAUAUCGCUUCAUUCAAACACACAUUUGAUCCUCUCCUCCGCUCCUGACUGCAUAUGCUGCCAUAGAAAUAGAAUGAAUAGAACGGGAGUCCCCAUUCAAGUCAACAAUGGCAUAAUGUGUGGACUGGCGGCCAACGCGAGGAGCAAAGCAGGAGGUGUACCCUACCCAUCAAUAUGUGCUGUGAUUUGUUGAUUCAAUGAGCCACAUCAGUUAACAUCAGAGCCAUGUAGUAGUUGGUAGAAGUAGUUGCCAUGGCGCCCUAGUAGCCUAAGCAAAGAGCUCCUGUAAAUACUGUAUGUACAGUGCCUUCAGAAAGUCUUCACACCCCUUUACUUUAUCCACAUUUUGUUGUGUUACAGC